AUGGAUUUCCCCGACGACCCUUUCGCGAGCGCAGGGUUGAAAUACCAAGCCUCCAAGGUCCUCGCUCACCGCUCUGUUCUUGAGUGGGUGCCGAAAAACCAGCCGAACUUCACAGUUGUAACAAUCCACCCAUCGUUUGUCUUCGGUCGCAACCUCACGCAGACCUCUGCAGAUGGUAUCGACGGCACCAACGGUAUGCUCUGGGAGUCGCUCCACUCCGAGAAGCCUAUCGUUCCUAUGGUGUCUGUCGAUGUUCGGGACGUUGCUUUGGCCCACUUGAGAGCCCUCGAUUUGGACUUCAAUGGGCAGUCUGCUGUGCAAGAGUUUCUACUCAGCGCCCCAGAGUCUUCUGGGUGGAAGUGGGAACGUGUGAUCGAGUUUGUGGGGAGAAAAUACCCGGAACUUAACAUACAGUUGAAGGGACCAUUUGACGAGGCAUCAAAGGUGGACGUCAAUCGGGCUACCGAGUUGUUAGGUAUCCAGUGGAGGAGCAUGGAGGACACUGUUUCAAGCUUCCUGGACCACCAACGGGAAUUGAAGGCGCAACUAUAG